UUUCAUCAAAUUAUUAUAAUAUGGUACAUUUCCAAUCAUAUUAGGAGCUCAAUUGGUGAAUAUAUUUCAGCCCAUAGAUUUUCCAAUUGUACAAUCAAAGGCUAUCAUUUCUUACCCAGUCCAAGCAGCUUCUUUUUCUGCAACUCAUGGGUGGCAGAAAGUGUAAAUUGUAAUUUAAUUGAGGUGGAAGAGGAUUAUGAAGAAUUGGCAAGAAAAUUGGAAAAUGCCUCCCCUCUUAAAAUUAUGGAUAAAGCCCUUGAGAAAUUUGGUAAUGAUAUUGCCAUUGCUUUCAGUGGAGCUGAGGAUGUAGCCUUGAUUGAGUAUGCUCGGCUAACUGGCCGACCCUUUCGGGUGUUCUGCCUAGACACUGGAAGGUUAAACCCUGAAACGUACCGAUUCUUUGACACUGUUGAAAAGCGCUAUGGCAUUCACAUUGAGUACAUGUUCCCUGAUGCUAUUGAUGUACAACAACUAGUUAGAAGCAAGGGCUUAUAUUCAUUUUAUGAAGAUGGGCACCAAGAAUGUUGUAGAGUAAGGAAAGUAAAACCACUAGGAAGAGCGCUUAAAGAACUUAAGGCUUGGAUUACUGGUCAAAGGAAGGAUCAAUCUCCUGGGACGCGGGCAUUUAUCCCUGUCGUGCAAAUUGACCCUUCAUUUGAGGGAAUGGGCCCUUCCUCUAGAUUAGUCAAAUGGAACCCUUUGGCUAACAUGGAAGGUCGAGAUGUCUGGAACUUUCUUCGGUUAAUGGAGGUUCCUGUCAAUUUUCUGCACUCACAGGGUUAUGUCUCGAUUGGAUGUGAACCGUGCACAAGACCUGUCUUGCCUUGGCAGCAUGAAAGAGAAGGAAGGUGGUGGUGGGAGGAUGCUAAGGCUAAAGAGUGUGGUCUUCACAACGGAAACCUUAAUGACAAAAAGGUCAGGGCAAUAGACUUAAACGAUAAUAUAAAUGGUGUUUCUGCAGAUAUUUUUGAUAGUCCAAAAGUAGUUUCUCUGAGUAGAGACGGGAUAGAAAAUCUGGUCCAAUUGGAGAACCGAAAAGAGCCCUGGAUUGUGGUGCUAUAUGCUCCUUGGUGCAGAUAAAAGGCAAUGGAAGGCUCGUUUGUUGAAUUGGCUGAAAGAUAGGUUGGGGGUGGACUCAAGGUGGGUAAAUUCAGAGCAGACGGCGAUCAGAAGCUGUUUGCUGAGACUGAGUUUCAGCUUGAGACCUUUCCAACUCUACUUUUCUUCCCUAAACAUUCAACUAAGCCUGUCAAAUAUCCGUCUGAGAAACGUGAUGUUGACUCACUGAUGGCGUUUGUAAAUGCUUUGCGCUAGCCUGUAUGUGAGGGUGUGAAAUCAUAGUUAGAACUGAGGCUGAAGUGACAUUAAGGCCAAGAAUCAUUCAUUUGACAACCCAUUUUCUGUUAGUAGGGGUGUUAAAUCAAAGUUAGAACUGAGGCUGAAGUGACCAAAGGCCGAAAAUCAUUUCGUUCGACAAUGCCCACUAUUUUGUGUAGCAGCAUAAGCCACAUUUGGUGUGAGUGUCCUUGAUGUGAUAGGGAAAUUGGUGGUGUUUGUAGAAAUAUGCAAACUUCUUAGCAACUUGUGGGGCAUAUCUUAGGCUGCAUCUUGUGGGGCAUAUCAUAGGCUGCAUCUUGUGUAAACAAGUUCAUAUUAACAUAUAGAUAGACAAAAAAUAGUACUCCGUAUAUGUUUUUGGAGGCUAGAUUUAUAUGGGCUUCUUUGAUUAAUUAAUGUUAAUAUUGUAGCAUUUGAUGUCAAAUAUAAAUAACAAUUGUACUAGAUAUUAAUAAUACUCCAUAUUAUUUAUUUGUUUUUGUAAACAUGGA